CCGAUCAACAGCCACACUGGAAAAGUUAGGCAUUAGCGCAACAAGUCGCAGGACAUGACCGACAACCUACUGGCUAAAUACCGACACACCGUGAACGCUGUUCUCAUUUUGGGAUUCGAACAUGUAGCCUUCUCGACACCGACCCGAGGUAUGCCGAUGCAUCCAGUUAGCUGACGUGUGCAGGCACCCCCAGGGUCCUUGUGCCCCCCUCUAUGAUGGUGGACAUCCCAGGGGAGGCGCACAGCCCGGCUGCCCGCCUCAGGUUCUCCAUGCUGGGCAGCCCUCUUUACGGAGACCUGCUGGAUGACCUAGAGGACAUAUCACGCUCCAUCAGCAAUGAUACACUGGGUUCACUGGACCUCCCAGACCUUCAGAGCACUGGGCCAGGCUCGGAGAGAACCGUCAUACUGGACAGCCUGACCCCUGCCUCCAGUCCGUCCUCUGUAUCCAACAGUGUGAAUCCCGGUGGCGAGGAAAUGCCCUGCCCCCUGACUCCUCCCCCUGUCCUCCAGUGCAGAGUGUGCUCUGACAAGGCGUCGGGCUUCCACUAUGGGGUGCACGCCUGCGAGGGCUGCAAGGGUUUCUUCAGGAGAACGAUUCGCCUGAAGCUGGAGUACGAGAAGUGUGAGCUCAGAUGCAGGAUCCACAAGAAGAACCGCAACAAGUGCCAGUAUUGCCGCUUCCACAAGUGUCUCAGCGAGGGCAUGUCACACAACGCGAUCCGCUUCGGGCGUAUUCCCCAGUCGGAGAAACAGAGGUUGAAGGUGGAAUUUGGGAUGGGGGGGAGGAGCGAGGCGGAGCAAACCCUAACGCCCCCCGACCACAAGGUCCUGGUGCAGCAGAUCCACCAGGCCUACAUGAGGAACUUCAGCAUGAACAAGGACAGGGCCAGACUGAUACUGACCGGCAAGACCAGCCGACCGCCAUUUGUUAUCCACGACAUGGAGACCUUCCAGGCGGCGGAGCAAACCCUGGAGGUGAGAGGUGCAGCAGGGCCUAGCCCCGGCCCAGUCCAAGGCCUCACAGCUGGGAAGGAGCUCCUGGUGGAGGGGCCCGGCGAGGCAGAGGCCCGGCUGUUCCUCUGCUGCCAGAGCGCCUCAGUGGAGGCGGUCACAGAGCUGACGGAGUUCGCCAAGAACAUCCCUGGCUUUCUCCACCUCGACCUCAACGACCAGGUGACCCUGUUGAAGUACGGUGUGUACGAGGCCCUCUUCACCCUCCUUGCCUCCUGCAUGAAUAAAGACGGCCUCCUGGUGGCGCGCGGCGGGGGCUUCAUCACCCGUGAGUUCCUGAAAAGUCUGCGGCGGCCCUUUAGUGACAUGAUGGAGCCCAAGUUCCAGUUUGCCACGCGCUUCAACGCUCUGCAGCUGGAUGACAGCGACCUGGCGCUGUUCGUCUCUGCAAUCAUCUGCUGCGGAGAUCGUCCAGGGUUAGUGAACGCCUCCCUGGUGGAGCGACUCCAGGAGAGUGUUGUGCAGGCUCUGCAGCUUCAUCUGGUGGCCAACCACCGUGACAAUGCCUUCCUCUUCCCUAAGCUGCUGCAGAAGUUGGCCGACCUGCGAGAGCUGGUCACCGAGCAUGCUCAGUUGGUGCAGGACAUUGAGACGACGGAGGACACGUCUCUCCAUCCGCUCCUGCAAGAGAUUUACAGGGACAUGUACUGAGUAAAAUAAAGGCAUGUUCCAUUUUACAGGGACAUGGACUGAUUAAAAAAGAUGUAUGUUCUGAUUGACAAGGACAUGUACUCAAUGAGAGAGAGACAAUACGUGAAGAAAAGCACUGCAGCCUCUAGUUGCUGCUUGUGGGAGUUUACAAUAUUGUAGAUGGAAGUGCUUAAAACCAGGAAAUGAAAAUCAACAAGGGUCAACCAAGGGUCACUGAAUAUUGCUUGUUCUUUGCUGGACGUAUACUGCAAGAAACACUAAUGAGCUUAAAGUUAAAGGAUAAGGAUAAGUUAACUAUCGUGGACAACAUGGCGUAUUCACAGGUGCUCUUGAAUAGGCCAUGAUCCUAGCGUUUAAACACCAUACUAGUAUCCACAGAUUGUCCAACUUGAUUCUAGUGUGUAGAAACCAUUAUAUCCCCAAUCUGUGUUUUUUUCUUCUUCAUAUUGUGAUGUAGCUGAGCUAGAAUGGUAGGCAAGCAUGCAAAUGUUUGAGAAGAUGAAAAAUGUAGCAUUUAUUCAAUAGUUGAAUUUGAAGUGAAACUACUACACAAUCAAACUCAUUAUUUAUGCAAUUUGUGAAAAUAAUAGAAACAUGAAAAAAACUUUUUAGAUCAUGCUAGAAUCAUUCAAUCUGUGAAUAGGCACAGAAUUAUCCUUUUAACCAAAGUUCAACUGUUGAGCCCAUCCCUUCUGACCAACCAUGACCCCAGCUGUUCCAUGAUCUGUUCUAAUGGGGUGCAAUGCUACAUUUGUCUGGUUGGGCUGUAACGGGGAUGUGUGGUUAUUCACCUUAAAUAUCGACCCAUUUUUUGAUGCUUCUUUGGAGCAGGUUUAUCUCUCGAUUUCCAAUUACAAUGCAAAUCUAAUCUGAACAUAUGUAUUCUCGAUCAGAGCCGAAUAUGAACAUUUCCUUUAUCGUGUGUCCAUCUGAUGUCAAUAUCGGGACAGUGUGAUAUAGGCAUUAAGGAAACCACGCCUUUGAAGAUUGAUAGCUUUGUCUUCUGGGCCCCUCACACCCCAAGAGGUAGGAGAUCUAUAUGAACCUCUACAGAGGUGUGUAUGGAUACUACAGAUUUGAGCAUGGCCGUGCAAUGUUGGUGGAAACAUGAGGAUAUAUGAUAGAAUGAUCAAUUGCGACACAAUAUAUAUGUGUAUAUAUAUGUAUGCAAGAUAUGAACUGAGUAUAGCCAUGACAGUCUGGCUUCAGUAACAGCCGCCAUCAUUAUUUACCUGCAAGCAAGGUGUGAUCACAGCCAACUCUUGCCCUUGAGUUGGCUGUUGAAUCGACGGCAAUAAGGAACACAUACACUUUACCUCAGUGUGUUCAUGGAACUCAUACACACAGCAGCUGGGAACCAUGAUCAGAUUUAAUUAUACGUCUGCGUCAAACAGCUGCAUGCCGAGCUACAACAGGUCUAUGCCACCGGCGUAGCCCUCAGAAUCCAUUACAGUAGGUAACGCACACCUCUCCAGAAAUGUAAAAUGGAACCGGGAUAGGUGAAGGCCCGAGUCCUCCUGGUGUGUCUUUCAGUUAAUUUAUAAUGGAGCAGAUCCGUAUGUUUGCCAACAUGUAAAUGUGUAUCUCACAUGACAUUGCAAGGUCUUGGACUUCUAGCAGUCUCGAAAGGUAUUCACAGCCUCAACCCCAGCAACCACUCUUUUUCCAGCAAUUUGCGGGACUUUGCCACUCUGGGCCGAUGACUUGAAUUCAAGUCAUGGUUUCACAGUAAAUGCUGUUAACAUGUGAUUUUGCGCCCCUUUGCGGGCAAAGUGGUGCCUUUUUUGUUAUUGACCCUGUGACAUCAUUGAUUGAGCUAUCUUCACAACACUUUAUACACUUUUUAAUGGUCCUCUGUCCUCCGUGCAUGGCACUUUAAUCUGACAUGUCCAUAGAGCAUUUGUCUCAAAUUGUGUAAUUUGCUCCGUUGGAUAAGAACAUUCUUUACAUUUUCACAAGACUUUUACUAUACAGAGAAAUUAAUCCAGAUGAUUAACAUUAUGGCUGAAAGAGGAAAUCAUUAACAGCAUGUAAAAUGGACUACUUAAGGUUGGCAUAUAUGUUAACAAACACACAUCCAUUAAAGAUUAGCAGACAUCA